CACAUUCAAGGAAGUGCAAUUUGCUUUCUGUUUGAUUGCACCACAGUGUGACAGCUUGUUCCUACUUCAGCAUCCUAAGAUGACUCUGAUGAUGAAAAGCUGUUUCCUCUCACUGACCAUCCUGUUUCUUUGGCGAGUGGCAGAUGUGGCAGAAGCCUGCAAGUGUAUCCCUGUCAAUAUUCAGCAGGGUUAUUGCAGAUCAGAUGUUGUUUUCAGCGCAAGAGUCACUGGAAAGGAGGUGAUUAACACUGGGAAUGGCCCCUUGGGGAACUCAUUCAAGAACAUCAAAUAUGACAUACAAGUGACUAAGGUGUACAAAGGACCCGAUUUUAAUAUUGACGCUGUCUACACUUCUUCCUCCUCUGCAACGUGUGGAGCCACUCUGGACACUGGAGACAAACUGUAUCUAAUCACAGGCAAGCUGGAAGAUGAUGGGACUGUGCAAAUCUCACGGUGUAACUUCAUUGAGCUGUAUGAUGACUUGAAUAUCGCCCAGAGGCUGAAACUGUUUCAGUGUUAUACGGGAGGCUGUGGCUGCUAAAUGAACACCUGCUUCUCCCUCCCCUGCAUUAUCGGCAGCCCAGCAGAAUGCCUUUCGACUGACUGGAUGACUGGAGAUACUAUGCAAGACAAAAAUUAUGUGUUCGUGUGUCAAAGUUCAUGCUCCUGGUACAGAUAAUGUGCACCACCUCAGGAGGGCUGAUAAUCUCUGCAGCUGUACUAACCAUUUCAGGAAAUCCUUCCUGUCCUGAGCC